CGACACCUUCACACUCAACUUUCUACUGCUCCAUAUCAGCAACCCUACUGCAUCCUCACCAUGUCUUUCACAGUAACCGUCGUCUUUCCCAACGACGCCGAUGCUCAAUACGAUAUCAAUUACUACACCAAGUCCCAUAUGGUCCUGAUCGAGAAGCAUUGGACCAAGUUCGGCCUUCAGGGCUGGUCCGUCACCAAAUACGUCCCCGGAUUGGACGGUACGCCAGGACCUUAUUCGUUUGGAAGUGAUGUCUACUGGAAAGACGAAGAGGCCAUGAAGGCGGCAUUUGCAAGCCCUGAGGUUGCGGAGAUCAUGGCGGAUGUUGCUCAUUUCAGUAACAAGUCUCCUGUUUUUCUGUUCGGGCGGACUGUGAAGCCGGCUUUUGAGUUUUGA